UCCUGCCUGCAGCUGCAAAGCCGAAAAGAAGCACGUCUUAAGGUGGUUGUUGCUUGGUUCGUUCCUGUGUUGUUCGACUGCGCUUUUUCUUUGAACUCCUGACGCGGAGACCUUAACGUUAUCAGUGCGCUUCUCCAGUUUGAUCUUUAGUAAAGCUCCAGUCAGCCCUUCCGUUUCUGGUGAGCGGUCGAAUUGGACUGGAUCUCCGUUUUAAAGCAAAGCCAAAGUAGACCCUGGCUUGGACUUGAAAUAUGGACAGGCACUUUUUCCCACCAAGGCAGAGGUUCCGUGGAAGAGGUCAUAAUCAGUGGUUUCAUCAGAAUAAUAUACCAAAUGAAAACUUUUGGAUGGAUACUUGGGACAUGCCACAGGAUCAAUUUCCAGGGAGACCCCCUCCAUGGUGGAACCAACACUGUCCAGAGCAAGAGAGGCCCUACAACAUCGGUUUUGAUAAUUACAUCCGAGGUUCCUACCAGAGGCGUCCUUACCGUGGUCCUUAUAAAAGAUCUAAAAAGAUCUUCUCAAGAGGAAGAGGUAAUUUUCAAAACCCAUCAAGUUCUCCCUGCUUAAUCAAUGUCACGCCAAAGAAAAAAUUUGAGAAGGUGAAAAAACAGCCAAAAGAUUCCAUGAAAUUUAAACAGGACAAAGGAAAUACUGCAACUUCAGUGAAAAAAGAUGAUCCAUCCAAGGUCAAACCAAAUGAUAGUCAGCCUGCUGAAGCGUCUCCUAGCCAGACUGCUUCUGCUGCAUCUCCGGGGGCUACUGCAGAAGAAAAAUCACCAUCUGGAAUUACAAAAGUCCCUCCUCACACCCAGAGUGAAGAUAUUGUAUUGGAUAAACUGAAAAAUUGUGACGCCGCCGAAGAUCUUCUCAGUCAAACUGUCUCUAUUUUGUCUCCUGAAGUAUCUACAGAAGAUAAAACAUCAUCUUGUAGCACAGAAGUCCUUCACAACAUUGAGGAGAAAGAUUCUGUAUUGGGGGAAAAAAUUUCAAGAAGCUUUUUACAGGAAAGUACUUGGGGUACAGAGAAGCAGCAAGCCAGCCAGUCUGCACUAGAUUCUAGCCAUGUUUGUUCAUCCACAGCUGUAGAAAUACCAUUCCUGUCAGACAAUGUUAAUGAUGAUCAGUCUGAGAGAAGAGAAGAAAUUGAGAUGACCGAAACCCCAGCCAAACAGAAUGAUACAGAAGACUCUCAAGUUUGUGUUGCUCCUGCUCUUGAUUUUUCCAGCCUUCCAAGUGCCCUCAGUGAUAUUCCCUGUGUAUCUGUGCUAGUGAGAGAAAAAGAUACGAGAGUGACUGAAACUUCAGCCAAGCAGAAUGAUACAGAAGACUCUCAAGUUUGUGAAGUUUGCGUUGCUCCUGCUCUUGAUUCUUCCAGCCUUCUAAGUGCUCUCAGUGAUAUUCCCUGUGUACCUGUGCUAGUGAGAGAAAAAGAUAUGGGAUUGACUGAAACCUCAGCCAAGCAGAAUGAUACAGAAGACUCUCAAGUUUGUGUUGCUCCAGCUCUUGAUUCUUCCAGCCUUUCAAAUACCCUCAGUGAUAUUCCCUGUAUAUCUGUGCUAGUGAGAGAAAAAGAUAAUGAAUUGACUGAAACUUCAGCCAAGCAGAAUGAUACAGACGAUUCUGAAGUUUGUGUUGCUCCAGCUCUUCACUCUUCCAGCCUUCCAAGUGUCCUCAGUGAUAUUCCUUGUGUAUCUGUGCUAGUGAGAGAAAAAGAUAAUGGAUUGAUUGAAACUUCAGCCAAGCAGAAUGAUACAGAAGACUGUCAAGUUUAUGUUAUUCCAGCUCUUCACUCUUCCAGUCUUCCAAGUACCUUCAGUGAUAUUCGCUGUGUACCUGUGCUAGUGAGAGAAAAAGAUACUAGAUGGGCUGAUAACCAGAGAAGAUGGGCACCUGAAGAUUAUCAGGAGCCACCCUGGAGUGUGAACCAAACUGACCAGUGUCACAAAGUCUCUGAAUGUUACAAAGAUUCAAUAUCUACUUCUAUUUCUUCUAAUGAAAAACAUAAUGUUGAAAGCCUGAUAGAAUCCAAGUCAUGUUUUCAAAAGAUUCAUCACAGCACCAAUUCCAAGCAUUUUAGUACAAAUCAGACCUCAAGAGACUUACAUGGUCAAAGUUCAAGAUCCUACGGCAGGCAAGAUUGUAACUCAAGAUCUUCUGGCAAGAGAGACCUAUCCACUGAAAGACAGGACAGAAGUUCAAAAUUAUCCUGUAGGUGGAAAGAAGUUGGGAAGUUGGGAAGAAAUUGUGGCUUCCAUUGCCAUUGCCAUUGCCAUUGCCAACAGAGCUGCAGUCCAUCCCGAGAGAGUUUGUGGCAGAGAUGUUGCUCUCCUUCUCAUUUAACUUGUAAAAUAAAACACCUCCAUGUUUCCAGAGAAAUAAGUAAUGUCUAUGGAAUGCCAUGCCACUUUUCUCCAGAAAGAUCUGUUGCGCCAUCAACCAAAAAGAAGGAAACAACCUCUUCUUGCCACCUUAAUGCUGAAGAAGAAACUAAUUCUUCAGCCCCAUCCUGGACUCCUAAAGACCGCUCUGCAGCAGUGCUGGCAAGAAAAGAAGAGCUUGAACAGGCCUACCUGCAGGUCCUUCUCAACUUUGGAGUAAUAGCCAUCAUGCUGGUGGAAAAGGAACCCUGCAUGAUAGAAGCAAUGAGCUCAGCACUACGAGCUAACCUGAGAAAGAUUGGAGACUACUAUGAAUGUCUGCUAAAGAACUACAUUGACAGCUUAAGCUAAGAAGACAUCACAUUGCCAGAUCUACCUAAUGUAACUGAAGCAUUUUUUAAGUCAAUUAAGCUUUCUAUUCUUCAGGCCUGGGAUAAAGCGAUAGCCUUGGAGAAGGCCCCCUUUUGGCAGUAGAGCUGAGAAACCACAUUCUCCUGCAAUAGCUACAGAGUGCAGAAGUGACAGCUAGCAGAUUUGAAAGCAUUAUUGUAAUAUCAAUCCAAGAACUUGGAAGAGAAAAUUGGGAGGAGGAAAGCAAAAAACUGUUAAAAGUUGAGUGUGAUGCCUAAUGGAUUCUGAAUGGCUCAGGCAACUCAGAUCAGGCAGUAACUGGAACAGGAAUAGAAUCUACUAGAUUUAUACUUUGAGUUACAUGGAGACAUCACAUGUUAUUGGUAAUAGACAAGAAGUUCUUUUUUAGGGUAUUAAAAAUACCGUUGAGCAGUUUUGAAUGUUGGUCUUUGUGCAGAAGCAAACUGAAGAAGAUCUCCGUUCUGUGAUGUUCCAGUAAUACUCAAGAGAAACCCUGGUAAAACUAGCAUUUGCUCCUUUCAAAUCUAUGAAGUAGCAUUUGUAAAAAAAAAUAAAAUCAUUUUGAGACAACUUA